AUGACUAGUGUCACAGUCACGGCCAUCUGGUACCCCAUGGCCGUAGGACUUCACAAGGUCCACAAAGUUACCCAAAACGUUUCCAAGCCACGACACUGCCACAGCCGUGGGCGCUUGACCAAACACACCAAGUCUGUGAGAGAUAGGAUCCGGGAGGUGUGCGGAUUUGCCCCUUAUGAGAGGCGGGCCAUGGAAUUGUCAAAGGUCUUCAAGGAUAAGCGAGCCCUUAAGGUCAUCAAAAAAAGGGUGGGAACUCACAUCUUGGCCAAGAGGAAGAGAGAGGAGCUCAGCAACGUCCUAGCUGCCAUGAAGAAGGCUGCUGACAAGAAAGACUAA